AUGGAAGAUGCUCUCCUACACAAUCAAACUUCUCUAGUGACACAUUUUCACCUUAGAGGUUUAUCUGUGAAUCAGAAGGUACAGAUGUCCGUAUUUGCCACGUUCCUCAUUUUCUAUGUCCUGACACUGAUUGGGAACAUCCUCAUUGUCAUAACUAUUAUCUAUGACCACCGGCUCCAUAGUCCCAUGUAUUUCUUUCUCAGCAACCUGUCCUUUAUUGAUGUCUGCCACUCCACUGUCACUGUCCCCAGGAUGCUUGUGGACACCUGGUCAGAAGAGAAGCUCAUCUCCUUUGAUGCCUGUGUGACCCAGAUGUUCUUCCUGCACCUCUUUGCCUGCACAGAGAUCUUUCUCCUCACUGUCAUGGCUUAUGAUCGGUAUGUGGCCAUUUGCAAACCCCUGCAGUAUAUGACUGUGAUGAACUGGAAGGUUUGUGUGCUAUUGGCUGUGGCCCUCUGGUCAGGAGGGACAAUCCACUCCAUAGCCCUGACCUCCCUCACCAUCAAGCUUCCCUACUGUGGUCCUAAUGAGAUUGACAACUACUUCUGCGAUGUCCCACAGGUGAUCAAACUGGCUUGCACAGACACCCACAUCAUUGAGAUUCUCAUCGUCUCCAACAGUGGGCUGAUCUCCGUGGUCUGUUUUGUGGUGCUUGUGGUGUCCUACGCAGUCAUCCUGGUGAGUCUAAGGCAGCAGAUCUCCGACGGCAGGAGGAAGGCCCUCUCUACCUGCGCAGCCCACCUCACAGUUGUCACGCUGUUCCUGGGACAUUGCAUCUUCAUCUAUUCCCGCCCAUCCACCAGCCUCCCAGAGGAUAAGGUGGUGUCAGUGUUUUUCACUGCUGUCACCCCUCUGCUAAACCCUAUCAUCUAUACCCUUAGGAACGAAGACAUGAAAAAUGCCUUAAACAAGCUAAUGGGGAAGAAGGAAAGGAAAGAAGAAAAAUGA